AACGUUAACGUGUCGACGUUCGAAUCGACGCUGCUCGCCUUGCGAUAUCGAUAAGAAUGAUAAAAACAAGGAAAACGGAGAUAAAUAACGAGUUCGUCUCACUGAGACAGUUCGUUCGCCAGGCUCGCAUUCGUGUGGUAAAUAAAUUGACCAGGGAAGCAAAAAAGUUACGAGCUAGUCACGGUGACGAGAAACAAACGAAGAGGAACAAGAGUAAAGCGGAGAAACUGUUAAGGGAGGUGUUUGCGUUGAAACAGAUCAAAGACGAUGAGAUAUCCAAGUUUGGAAUUGUUCGUUUCAAUGAUCUGCAAGCGAUACUGCAGAAUUCUCUCAGUGACGAUGGGACGCGUGCUAUGAUCAAGAUCAUUCGUUACAAGUCUCUGAACCCAAGGAUAGCUGCGUUGCGAGAAAAGUUCCCGGAUUGCGAAGACUACAUCACUUUAGAUAAGAAGGGACCAGUGAAUAAGAAAAGGAACGGUACCACGGAUAGCUCGAAGAAGUCUUCGAAACAGUCCAGCGUAGGCGACACUGUGGAGAAGGUACAGAAACAGAUCGUAAAGGACGUGGGAAGAGUCGUAGAUACGGACGACGAUGAUGAUGUGCAAGAAUCUUCUCAGAAGAAGAAUAAGGUCAAUGGAACGGCCGAUGGAGAGACUAAACAAAAUACAAGAAACUCGGCGAAGAGAUUAAAAGUUCCUGAAACAGGGACAGAAUGUACGAAUUCGGAUACUGGAACUCUUGCUAAAAUCGUUAGCAGAGAGGCGACUGUUAAGAGAUUCACAGAAAUUUUAAAAGAAACAGAGGAACAUGAAGGUGGACGUGAAACAUUGGAGGAACAGAAUAAAUUUAGAACAACGGAGGAAGAGGAUGGACACGACGAAUCUGUGAAUCAGCUUUCUAACGAGGCAGAGGAAGCAGAUGACUUCUUCUUAAAUAGUAAUAAAACAGUCCCGCGGUCGGAUCCCGAAAAGAAAUAUACGGACGGUACACACGACGUCAGUUACAAUAAGCCAAUGAGUAAAAGGAAGAAAUUUUACGAUGGGAAAGAAAGCUAUAGUGUGAGGUGGAACAACGAGAGAUCGAAAGGUGUUCAUCGUGGUCGGAAUAAUACACAGGAAGCAAACAGCACUCGGAAACGGAAGAUUACACCGAACGAGGAACGGGAUAGUGGUAAGAGUACGAACGAAAACCUGCACCCUUCUUGGGCUGCGAAAAAGAAGCAACAGGAUAUUUUGAAGCAGGGCUUUCAAGGGAAGAAGAUUAAAUUCGACGAAGAUCAAUGAUCAGGGGGUAGGAAUUCUAUUUAAAUUCGUACAUAAAAUAAAUCAUGGCUCAUCAAAGAAA